AUGUUCACGCUCCUAAUUUCGAUUGGGGAUAUUCAAGUGGAGCACGCCAUGUGUGAUUUAGGGGGGUCUAUCAAUGUUCUGCCAUACUCCAUUUAUAAGAAGCUGGGAGAGGCCAAGCUCGUCGAUACUGAUAUAAUGAUACAGUUGGCAGACAGAUCUUGUAUUCACCCGGAGGGAAUUCUGGAAGACGUACUCGUGAAGGUGAAUAACUUUCUGUACCCAGCUGACUUCUUCGUCAUCAAGAUGACAGAGCAAUCAUCAAGGGAGUCAAGUGGAGUUUUCCUGGGAAGGCCGUUCCUGUCCACGGCCAGCACUAUAAUUGACGUCCGUAAUGGGACCAUCAGCUUGGAUUUCAAUGGAGAGCAGUUCACUUUCAAUAUUGGUGAAGCUAUUAAGAGGCCAGCGGACAGCGAAAAUAUGUAUUCAGUAGACGUGACUGAGCCACUAGUGCAGGAGUAUCUGGAGGAAGAAUUCCUACAGAGGCAGUUCACUGAAUCCGCUGCAGAUGAAAAUGUCGAGAGAGAAGUCGCCAAAUGGUAA